GUGACACUAGCUCCUGCUGGCUGCGAUACGUGCGUGUGGUGCGGGACCAACCGAGCGAUUGAUCCCGCGCGGGUGUCAAAAAAUUGUUGAUCUUUAUAGGCGCGAUUUUUUUAUGCCAUCCGUGAUCGCGACCUCAGUCCGAGAGAUACGUGCAUGUUAGCCCGCGUUUGGCGCGCGAUCUAACUAUGAUCAAAUUAUUCUCGUUGAAACAAGCGAAAAAAGAUGGCGAGUCACCCAAGGCUGGCACCCAGAAGAAGGCGUCCGCGGCGCAGUUGAGAAUCACAAAAGACAUAAACGAACUCAAUCUUCCGAAAACAUGCGGUACGGAAUUUCCGGAUCCCGAUGAUCUGCUAAGCUUUAAGCUAAUCAUCUGUCCAGAUGAAGGGUUUUAUAGAGGUGGUAGAUUCGUGUUUAGUUUCAAAGUCGGACCCAAUUAUCCGCACGAGCCACCAAAAGUGAAAUGCGAGACUCAGGUUUAUCAUCCUAAUAUUGACUUGGAUGGUAAUGUGUGCCUCAAUAUUUUGAGAGAGGAUUGGAAGCCAGUACUCACGAUCAAUUCCAUUGUCUAUGGUCUCCAAUAUCUUUUCCUAGAACCAAAUCCUGAAGAUCCAUUAAAUAAAGAUGCUGCUGAGGUUCUACAGAACAACAGAAGGGCAUUUGAGCAAAACGUAGCAAAAGCUAUGCGGGGUGGUUAUGUAGGAUCAUAUUAUUUUGAACGGUGUCUCAAGUGAUACAGUGCCUCACCAUCAAUGCUGUACAUGCUUCGCCGAGGACUCGCUGUGGGUGAAAAGAUCCUAAAGUAUGGAAUGGAUGCAGAACUACACGGUGUCCUCAUUGUCAUUUGUGUGACAACAUUAACAUAUUUACUUUCUUUAUGUCUUGCCAGGCCUAUAUACAUUUAAUUGGACAAAUAUUUUCUGUUAAUAAACCUGAAGUGAAACGGAUGUAUCGUUCAUUUUGCUUUCAACAAUUAUCAAAAUGUUUAUCGGCCAUGGCAUUAUUUUAGUGAAUUUGAAGUGCAGUGUUGAAAGGAUCGUAGAAAUAUAGUUUGACAUUUGACAGAUGAUAGAUGUUACACUGCAAGAUAUUUAAUUGCAUUAGAUGCACACAGUAAUCCUGGAUCUCCAAAAUUAGAAAUUUUCCAUAUCCUGAAUUUUUAACUUAGUUUUGUGUUUUUAUAGAGAUCUUAAUUUAUAAAAUAUUUAUUUUCUGUCCAAACUAUGGAAUUUUCAUUUUCAUCAUAGUUUUUUCACUGCAGCAUCUAUCGAAAUCUGCUUCUCAUUUAAAUAUAUGUACAAGUAACUUAACUUAUGUAUUGACUGAGAGUGGAAUAUAAGGCUGUUACGGAACUGGAAA